ACGACAAGAUCUGCUACUGUGCACCGCAAUAACAGCUAACGUCCUCCGGCGUACCGUGGACGGACUUCAUGGAUCUAUAAUCGAAUAUAUGCCAUUCGGAUAAAGGAGAGCGUUAGAAGGAUUUAAAGCUAAACGAGAGGACUUCUUAACAGAAAAAUUGGGACACUUCCCCCUAAACGCGGGGAACUGGAUUAAGCUUCUUCAUGCAACUUUUUUGGAAAGAAACCAAGAGCAUCUCAGUGGGGAAUAAGAAGAAGAUCAGCAACGUACCUCUCCUUUAGUAAUCUUCUUGUGUGUGCCGCUGCCCUGCCGCUGCAGGUGACAUCGCGCUCUCUCCGGUAACUGCAGGUGUCUCGUUCUCUCUCGGUCCCUGCGGGGAGAUGUACCAAGGGUUCCCCGGCGACCCCGACAGCGGAUCCCGUGGAAGCUCGUCUCCAUCCAUAGAGUCCCAGUGCCUUUCCUCCGUGGACUCCUUCGGGAGCCCGCCGACCACCAGUGCUCCGCAGGAGUGUGUGUCAGCGGGAGCUGGCUUGAGCAUUGUGGGCAGCGGGCUAGGGGCCAGUAUUGGAGGGGAGAUGCCCGGUUCAUUUGUGCCCACCGUCACCGCCAUCACCACCAGUCAGGACCUGCAGUGGAUGGUGCAGCCGACCCUCAUCUCUUCCCAGGCCUCUGGUCAGAGUGGGUCCACUGGCACCACAACCAUGACCCAGCCAGUUUCACUGGUUGACCCAUAUGACAUGCCAGGCCCCAGUUAUUCUUCAAGGUCUGGAUUCACUCCUCCAAGUUCAGAUACUCCAGGCCCAGCUCCGGGCCCUAUCCGCCAGUCCAGAACCCGCAGCCGCCGUUCACGAGACGAGUCUGUGAGUGACGAUGGAGAUGUUGGUGUGUUACUAACACCUGAGGAGGAGGAGAAGAGGCGUGUUCGUCGAGAGAGAAACAAACUGGCGGCCGCCAAAUGUAGAAACCGCCGACGAGAACUCACAGACAGACUGCAGUCGGAGACAGACAUACUGGAGGAGGAGAAGGCGGAGCUGGAGGCUGAGAUCUCGGAGCUGCAGAAGGAGAAGGAGCGCCUGGAGUUUGUCCUGGUGGCCCACCAGCCAAACUGUAAGAUCCCAUAUCAGGACCAGCUUCAGCAGGGCUCAGCGCAGCUCCCUCCUGUCCAGUCCCAGCUAGCUCCCCAGACCUUACAACCUCCCGUCUCCAUUGUGGGCUUGGCUGUGAAGGAAGACUCUUUCUAUCUGCCUCCUGCCUACACAGCUCAUCCGGCCUCCACACAGUCCCAGCCUCCGGUUCAGCAGCAGCAAGUCCAGCAGCAGCCUCAGCCAGGGAUAAUGCAGGAGGUAGAGUUUUCUAGUUCUUUCUAUGGCUCAAGUGAGCCGGCAUCUGGCGGGCCGUGCCUUAUGGCCAGCGACAGUGGUGGUGGUGGUGGUAACCAUGACGAUGCGGCCAUUGGCAGCUACAACACCUCAUACACAUCUUCAUUUGUGUUCACCUACCCAGAGGGAGCCUGCGGGGUCAGUGCCAACCAGCGGAACAGCAGUAGCGAGCAGUCAUCUGAUUCCCUGAACUCGCCUUCUCUGCUGGCGCUCUGACUGACCGACAGACACAUGCGCACACAUUUUAACACGCACAUACAUUAUGCUCGCUGGAAGUAAAGGCUGAGGCAAGUACAUGCACAGUGCCAAUCAGUCUCACAGAUUGAGACGAAAAAAAAAAAAAAAAAACAACCAAUCAUUUGUAUGUGAUUGUGUUGAAGUUUGCACAUUCUGAAAUGCAUUCCAAAUAAGAGCCAAACAAACCCUUAAGAUUGUAACAUUGGGCUUAAACAAUAAACCAAUUCUUGUUUUGUAUUAUCAAGUACCUGCAACUGGACAAGAUAAGUGAAUAAACUAAGUCCAAGUUGCCGGUUUUAAGUUCUCUGAGUUAACAGAUUAAUUCACAUUGAAUACUCUCAAUCUUCAACAUGUACAGCACAUUGAUACCAUAAACUCACUUUACACUCCAACAAGCACCAGUGCCCCCACCUUGUUCCCUCUGUCGGUUGCCCCUUUUCCAGUGCUCUUGCUCUCAUCCUUUUCCAUCCUUUUCUCCCUUCUUCCUUUUGCUGAAUGUAUUUGUGCCGAUCUGAAAUAGGGACGAAGGACACUUUGUGCAGGGUCUUUUCUUGUGGGAGGCAGACUGCUGAUGUCUCGCUCACCUCUAACUCUUCAUCUGCUUGACUUCCCUCUGCUUCUUCAUUUGCUGCUUGGACUUGGCAAGUUGAGGAUCUGUGCUUCUUUUCGUUUUAAAAAAAUUCUUCUGCCGUCUGCCUACCUGCCAUGCGACCCAUCUCUACCCAUCUCUGUUUCUCCUCUUCUGUCUCUGUGUUUCUCCCUCUCUGAAGUCUUCAACCUCCGAGAGCCCGAAGACCCCCUCCAGCCCUUGGGACCUUGAGUGAAUGCCGGCCCAACUAACACGUCCUUUUGCACCCUUUCAUACAAGGACAUGGACGCAACCCCCAAUACAGAAGAACCUUUAUCUUGGAGCGCAUUGCUCAAAGAGGAUCCUUACAGUGAACAGCAGCUAAAUACUUUUAACACAUGCACAUAGACGUGUAAUUGAUGAACCCAAAACGCAAGACGGAUGCCACUGUCUUCUGCUGAGCCAUGUUUUGAUGUUCACACGAUGAAGAUUAGACCCAUCUUAUGUUGUGAGGAGGGUUUAAAGUGAGGAUGGAGAGAGAUUUUAGCGGGAAGGGAGAAAGGAUGUGCAAGCAAGCUGGACAGACACAAAUGGAGAGGUGAUGGACAGAGGAUGACUCCCAUCCUUAACAUUGAUUUUUGGAACCAAAUGUAAGAGCCAAAUGUUAAAAAACAAAGCAAAAAAAGAAAGAGAAAACAAUCCUACUCUUGCCAACUGUGUGGAAGGGUGACCUCAGUAAAAACACCUCCAUACCGCAGAGCCUCAUCACCCUGGGCCUACAUGCUCAUAUUCACACCAUCGCUUUCAAGUCUCUGAACUGAAGAUACAGACGUUUUGUUGCAUCGCACCAGCGAGUGUUGCUCAGAAUCAAUCAGAUGUGAACCGAUGCCUUUAUUUAGAGGAGAGACAUUUUUGUAGUGAUUCAGACAACCUCUAAGCAUUGGGCUCAGGGGUCUCUGUACCUCCCCUUUUCUCUCAGCGGAGACGAGGCGGGGGUGCAUUUAUUGUGAGUGUGUCCACUCUGAGGCACCUGGCCCGUUUAUUUCUUUCUUUAUUGAGGUUGAUGUGGUGAGUGAGCACAAAGCAAGACCUGGAAACAAAAAGGGGAGAACACGUGGGCUGAUGUUGUGGAGUGAGCGUCCUUUCUUUGCCUGUGAAUUUGUACAAUUUGUUUUUCCUGUAUGUUUGAGUGAGAAUUGUUAUAUAUUUUAAUGUUUAUGUUUGUUUGUUUGUUCGAUUGUUCUGCAAUGACCUCUGCUUUCUCUUGUACUGUUGCCAUUUCUUGUUUUUUAUCUUAUUUUAUUUUAUUUUAUUUCUUUUUUACUUUUCGUUUUGUUUGUUUUUUUAUCAGGAGAUUUCCUCAUAACUGUUACUAUUAUUAUUGCAUUGUAAGUAUUGUUUCAUUAUUUUAUUGUAUUUUCAUUUGGCAACUUCAGAGGCAUGUUGUGCACUACAAAAAAAUCUAAUUAUAAAUCUAUAUGCAUAUACAUAUAUACAGGUAACAUGUAUAUAUAAGUGUAUGUACAAUGAUUGUAAAGUAUGAAUGUCUGCAAAUCUAAAUGGGAUAUUUUUGUCAAUGAAGAACAAGAUAAAAUGUUACUGAGGUUUAGUUUUAAAAUGAAUAUUUUUCUAAAGGAACAAAAAAAAAAAAGCUAUAUUCAAUUUAAAGUACUGCCCUGUCCCUCAACAUGAAGCACGAUGUCACUGCCUCUAUCAAUGUGUAUUUAUGUUUUAUAAACAAUAUAAAGCACUAUCCAGUUACAUUAAAUGUAUGUUUAUAAUUAUGAUGUUAGAAGGUUGUGGUAACGCCUUUGUUUUGUUUGUUUGUUUUUUCUCUGUGAGGUCUGUCCCAAAGCUACUGACACCUAAUGCCACUUGAUCUUUCGCAGAUGCAAAAUGAGGAAAAAAAAAAAAGGUGUGAUUGAAUGUCAAUACACAUAUUAAAAGUGUUCGGACUACGACAUGAUGACUAAACUGUUUCAUUUAAGGACAAAGUAUUUCAUACCCAGUAUGCAUUUCUGUCCAGUAUAAACAUAUCACUCAAUAACAUUGUUAUUUCCUAACUGAAAUGUAUGUUUUGAAGGAUAACUGCAGCUUUAGCCUUGAUAUAAACAUUAUCAUGUUAAAGAUUUUCCGUUCUUGUACUCAAGCAAGUUGUCUUAAUUAGUUUUAAAAAACUUAUUGUGAUUGUAUUUGCUGGAUAAGAGGCUUUAUUUUCCAUAAAUAAACAUGUUUAUUCAAAGCAUUGGCUAGAUUAAUGGUAUAAAUCUUUGUUCAAGUGUGGCUCUUGGUGGUCAGAAAGUGGGCAGACCUCAUUUUUUAAACGUUGAAUAAGGACUGUGUUUGUACAGAUGUUGGAGAUGCCUUUUGAUUUCUCUCCAAAUGCAAAUGUGAUGAGAAUAUGUUCUGGUGUGAGAAUAAGCAUAAAACAUAUUCAAUAGUUCUCAUGUAUAUAGGUUUUUGUGGUGCUACUUAUAGUAUACUAUAAUGACGAGGCAGUUUCACAUUGUAUGGUGGAAGGUGACACAAUGCUGUUGCAGCGGCUCCAGACAAAUGAACACGCUGCUUGUCUCAUCAGGACGUUGUAUUCUGAAAGGAAGCCAAUAACAGUGAAUUCCCUGGAGCUGAAGCUCUGAGAGCCCAGUAAUUACUCUGUGAUUUCAUCAUAGUUUAAUAUCAACUGCCUGCUACAUCUUUAAGUGUGCUAAACAGAUCUCAGAGGGCCCUUGUACUGUACCUACACUCCACACGUAUGCCCCUGAUCACCACACAACAUAUUAGACUCAUUCUUUCAUCUAAUUCCUUUGCCUUGGAUUUAAUUGAAGUUGUCUGAAAUUGCUUUAAAUCUUUUUUCUGUAAGGUUGCAAUUGUAACUGAGUGGAUAAUGAAUUGGAAAAGGUGACAAAGAAGGAAAAGGAGAACUAUUGAGCUACCAGUUAUAAGACAGAGAAACUGUCUGCACCUACCUGUACUGUACAAUUGCUAUGUCAGCAUUAUCUGAAUAAGAGCUUUCCUAUUUUUCUAUAAGGUGAAUGUUGCUAUGUAUUUCUAUUUUUCCACAAGUCCCAUAUAUGCUCUGAUUUCAUAUUUUCCCUGGUAUGACAUGCAAUACUUAUUAUCCUCUUGGAUAAACAUAAUGUAGCAAAUCAUGCAGUGAUCAAACUGACUGCUACUAUAUGUCAAGUGUGAUGAUGUAUUGCUUUAAUUAUCCAUUUUUGUUACAAUAUUAAAAGUUAUCCUUAAUACUUAAUAUUUAGUUUUGAGACAAUCUCCAAAAAUUGUGUUACAAUUUAUCUAAAUUUCUUUUUUUUUCAGUCAUUGAUAACUUGCAAAGUUCCUCUAUGUCAAAAAGUCAUUGCUGUUAUUACAAAUCAUUCCUUUUCUCAAUGUUUCAUCCAUUUUUUUCUGGGAGCAAAUGUCUCAAUUUUGUUUGUCUCCCUUUUUGCUGUCCUCUAAAACUUCAUAUGACAAAGUUUUCUUUCUCGGUUUCUAGACUGCAAAAGCUGGGUGAGCUGUCUCCUUUAAUGAUAGUUUGACCAAAUACUAUUCAUUUCCAAUUUGUGAAGAAAUUACAUAAAUAAACAACAUAUUCUAAGGUG